AUGGUCAGGAAACUCAAGUACCACGAGCAAAAGCUCCUCAAAAAGGUCGAUUUCCUCAAUUGGAAGCAGGAUGCAAAUCUCCGCGAAAUCAAGGUUAUGCGUCGCUAUCAUAUUCAGGACAGAGAAGACUAUCACAAGUACAACAAGCUUUGUGGUUCUCUCCGCGCCUUUGCCCACAGGGUAGCUCUCCUCCCCGCCCAGGAUCCCUUUCGCAGUCGCAUGGAGGCCCAGCUCUUGUCCAAGCUCUAUGAUAUGGGCGUCCUAAACUCCUCGGCGAAACUAAGCGACAUCGAAAAUAAGCUUACCGUCUCUGCGUUUUGCAGGAGAAGGCUCGCCGUCUUCAUGUGCAUGUCCAAGAUGGCAGAGACUGUCAGCGCAGCAGUCAAGUUCAUAGAGCAAGGUCAUGUUCGCGUCGGUCCCGAUGCAAUCACAGACCCCGCUUACCUGGUUACGAGACACAUGGAGGACUUUGUCACUUGGGUAGACUCCUCCAAACUCAAAAGGACGAUCAUGGAAUAUAAUGAUGAGCUCGACGACUUUGAUCUUCUCUAA